GUGUGGCACUGACAUGUGUUUGGGGUUCGUGUACGACCGGCCCAAACGCUCAGGAGAAGAUGGGACCUCGGCCAGGACAGAGGCUCGCUCUGCCUUCCAGUAUGUACCGACCUCCGGCUCCUGCAGGAACAGGUGUUUCGAGCUGGUUGAGCUGGAUCCUCCGAACUGUCGCUGUGACAACCUGUGUAAGACGUACAACAGCUGCUGCUCGGACUUUGACCAGCUCUGCCUCAGGACAGAGGGGGGAUAUGAGUGCAGGAAGGAUCGAUGUGGGGAGACUCGCAAUGAACUGCAUGCCUGCCACUGCUCUGAAGACUGUUUGGCCAGAGGAGACUGUUGCACCAACUACAAGAUGCUGUGUAAAGGAGACAGCUCGUGGCUGCAGGACGAGUGUGAGGAGAUGAAGACCCCUGAAUGUCCAGCUGGAUUUGCGCGUCCGCCGCUCAUCAUGCUGUCAGUGGAUGGAUUCAGAGCGUCUUACGUGAAAAGAGGAAACACGGUCAUUCCCAAUAUCGACAAACUCAGAACAUGUGGAACCCAUGCUCCGUACAUGAGACCCGUCUAUCCCUCCAAAACCUUUCCAAACCUCUACUCACUGGCUACGGGUCUUUAUCCAGAGUCUCAUGGUAUUGUUGGCAACUCCAUGUACGACCCAGUGUUUGACGCCACGUUCAGCCUGAGGAGCCGAGAGAAACUCAAUCAUCGCUGGUGGGGAGGACAGCCGAUCUGGAUCACUGCACUCAAACAGGGAGUGAAGGCUGCCACCUUCUUCUGGCCUAUUGCCAUCACAUUAGAGAGGAGGAUACUGACCAUGCUGCAGUGGCUCCACCUCCCUGAAGGAGAGAGGCCCUACGUCUAUGCCAUGCACUCUGAGCAACCGGACAUAUAUGGACACAAAAUGGGGCCCAUGAGUGCAGAACUGAACAACCCUCUGAGGGUCAUCGACCGAAUCAUUGGUCAGCUGAUGGAUGGACUGAAGCAGAUGAGACUGCACCGCUGUGUCAACAUCAUCCUGGUGGGGGAUCAUGGUAUGGAAGAGGCCCACUGCGAUCGCACCGAGUUCCUCAGUAACUACCUCACCAAUACUGAUGACAUCAUCCUCAUCCCUGGAUCUCUAGGCAGAAUACGCUCCAGACACCCCAACAACCCUAAAUAUGACCCCAAGGCUGUUGUUGCAAAUCUAACAUGUAAGAAAAGUGAGCAGCACUUCAAGCCGUACCUGAAGCAGCACCUGCCCAAGCGUUUGCACUACGCCUACAAUCGACGCAUUGAGGAGAUUCAUCUGCUGGUGGAGAGGAAGUGGCACGUCGCCAGGUAUACAACAUACUGAUCCGUCAUUCAUUCUAUUGAUUACAGGAAGGUUCCUGAGGGGAGGAGGCACUGUGGAUUCGCUGGUGACCAUGGAUACGACAAUAAGAUCAACAGCAUGCAGACUAUUUUCCUGGGGUACGGACCCACGUUUAAAUUCAAGACAAAAGUUCCAGCCUUUGAAAACGUUGAGCUUUAUAAUGUCAUGUGUGAUCUUCUGGGCCUGAAACCAGCCCCCAACAAUGGAACCCACGGCAGCCUGAACCACCUGCUGAGGACCCCCCUCCACAGACCCACCAUGCCAGAGGAGGUUUCCAGACCCACGGCCUCCGGUCUCGCUUCUACGGGAACAGAUGACCUGGGCUGCAGCUGCGAUGACAAGGUCAGCUGUGGUAACAAAGUGGAGGAGCUAAACCAGCGACUGAGGCAAGCUAUUGAUGGUCAGUCUUCCAUGAUUCUACUGAAAUUUUUCUCCUCUGCUGUAAAACCCUGUGCUCCUCCUCUCUCAGACAACAGGAACCUUCCGUACGGUCGACCUGCUGUACUCUUCCGUACCAAAUACUCCAUCCUCCACCACAGUGACUUCAUCAGUGGCUACAGCGAGCCUCUCUCUAUGCCCCUCUGGACAGCGUACGCCGUCAGCAGACAGGUAGAGGUGUCUCCUCUGCCAGAUGUUCUGUCCAACUGUGUGAGACCUGAUACCAGAGUCCCUCCAGCCUACAGCCAGUCUUGUACCAACUACCGAGCAGACAGACAGAUCACGUACGGCUUCCUGUACCCACCACAAUUGUCCUCAACGAUAGACAGAAAAUAUGAUGCUGUCCUUAUCACCAACACGGUCCCCAUGUAUCCUGCGUUCAAGAGAAUCUGGGGCUACUUCCAGAGAGCACUGGUGAAGAAAUAUGCCACUGAGAGAAAUGGAGUGAACAUACUCGUCGGGCCCAUAUUUGACUACAACUAUGAUGGUGUCAGGGACUCGGCAGAGAAGAUUAAAGAGUAUGUGAGUGGAACAAUUCCCAUCCCCACACACUACUUUGUGGUCCUGACCAGCUGCUUAGACUUCACUCAGGCUGCAGACACAUGCAGCGGCCCGCUCAGCAGCGCAGCAUUCAUCCUGCCACACAGACCCAACAAUGAUGAGACCUGCAACAGCUCAGAGGAGGAGUCCCGCUGGGUGGAGGACCUGAUGAAGAUGCAUACAGCUCGGGUCAGAGACGUGGAGCUCUUGACGGGCCUGGACCUGUACCGCAGAACCACCCGGAGCUACGCUGAAAUCCUCUCGCUCAAAACUUACAUGCACACGUACGAGAGCGAGAUCUGAUCUCUGAGCGCUCUGUUAAUGCUAAUGUGACUGAUCUUUUUCAGCCGUGGUGGAUGUAUGUGGUACAAGGACGAGAUGGGAUUGUCUACACUGACCUACACUAGCCUCUUCUCUCCCUGGGCACUGUUGCUGCCAUCAGCCAUUUUAACUGUUCAGCAGCAGGACAGCAAAACAUCUCUGCUGCUCUGUGUUAUUGUUUCAGGGUUGACUCUCAAAUAUUAUCAAAUUCCAACUGGCAUUCAAGUAAAUAAACAGAAAGGCACAUUCAAAUUAAGGAUUUUAUGAAGAUUCUCGACAAACAUAUUAUUCUGGCUUUCCAACAGACGGUUAAUCUUAUUUGACAAUCCAAUUUCAAGCCCCAAAAAUUAUUAUAAUAAUUAAUUCACGGGCUUGGAUUAAAUGUUUAAAUUUGUGCCAUACUGUGUUAAUAUCAGGUGGUUGAGGUUGAUACUAAAUUGCCUUGUAAAAUCUAUGCUGUUUCCUUGUAUGCUAUUCAUGACGACAAGUGAAAUCACGUGCAGCAUGGCCACAGCAACUUGUUAGGGGACCCAGGGGCAGAAUAUUUCCUGCCAGGCCCCCAAUGAACCUCCCCCCCUCUUUUAAAAACAGUUCUUUAUACUGUUCUCACCCAUUACAGACCAGUCUGCGGCAGAUGACCAACAAAUGAGAUGUGAUCCUAUUCUGGGAAAUGAUUUGACAGCGGUUUGAUUUUAUUUUCAGACAGUUUGAUUAAGGAUAGCACAAUAUGAGCCAAAACAUUUGAUACACAUUCCGAAAUGAAUUUACAAAUGAUCAAAUUGCCAGAAACAAACAGACACAGUGAACAACACAAUAAGCAAUAUUCACAUUUUAAUCUGCAAGCCAUAUAACAACUUCAUAGUCCCAUACAUAUACUGCAGAUAUACCUAUUAUAUUAUCUUUAAAGAGCCUGUAAAAUAAUUAUAAAUCCAAGCUAAUUUGUUGAGCACAAUAUUUCCUGUGUGAAAAAUAUAACAUUUUAUUAAUCUUUAUUCCAGCACAAAGAAUAAAUAUUGGUCCAGACAGAACAACCACAUCGGUACUAAGGCAGGAUUGUACUAGUGCAAUGAGCACAUAUUUUCCUACAUGAUAUUGACCCACUCUGACAUUUUGUUUACUAAUUUUACUUUGUGUGCAUUGAAUUGUGUAUUUUUUGACAAGGAAUAAUAAUAAUGCUACGUGUUUGUGUGUGUUGAAUUCAAGAUAUUUGUGUGUGUGUGUGUGUGUGUGUGCCUGUCGUGAUGUUGACGUUUUGGUCUGUGCACAAUAACAUUGAUGAUGAUGAUGAUUUAUUAUGUUUUCUCUAAAGCAUUUACCACCUGUGAGA